CUUUUAGAACAGUCGUCAUAGCUACGAAAUAUUUGAAGGAAUUUAGAAAAAUUGAAGAUUGACACGGACCUAGCGUUUUUUGUCUUGAAAAAAUUGAAUAUUACAAAAAUAAAUGAUGCUUGGUGAUGAAGAAAUAAAAGAAAGUAGCCUCAUGAGACCCGGCGAUGAGAUUAUAAAUAUCCACGAAGUUUGUUUAACUGAUAAAUUUUAUAAAAAGGAAUUAGGAUUUGGCAAUGAAGCGCUUUUUACCAGUUCGUCUAAAAACGAAUUGGAGGUUCCCCGUUUCCUCCGCGAUGGCUUUUAUCCCGAGAGUUCAGAGCAGCAGGCCAGGUUCGCGUGGACCGAGGAGGAUGGGAACAUCGCGGCUCUUGUCUCCGAGCUGGGAUUCGGGACAACAGGACAGACUACAUUCGGCAAAGACUUGGAUGUCCACUUGAAGUCUGACAUGAAGAAAAAUAAUACGAACUCUGUGUUCGAGACGUCAUUGAGUAAGAAAGUGCACGCGGAAUCUUCCAUAGUUUCGUCUGCAUCUACGUCGAAUACAGGCAAAUACAAUCAGACCGCGUGUAAGAUUGACAAGGCGGACCCGAGAUCGCGAUAUCAUUACGUGAAGUAUGUGAAGAGACACGGACGGACUGUCAAGCUGUGGGAAUGUGGAAUAUGCAGCCGCGACUUUCAGCACCAGUACAUGUUGAUGCGUCAUUUGCCAACACAUACAGACGAGCGCAAUUUUCAUUGUGAAGCGUGCGGUAAGAGCUUCAGGCAACUCUCAACUCUCAGCCAGCACCGCGCCAUACAUUCUGCUGAGAGACCGUACGCAUGCGAGGAAACCUCCGCAACCAUAUUUUCACGCACACGAACGAGAGACCGUACAGAUGUAAUAUUUGCUUCAAGGGAUUCAACCAGCAAUCAAAUCUCGUAUGUCAUAAGAAUAAGGUGCAUCCAGAUGAUACAAGUAGCACAACAUCCAACCCCGACUUGCGUACUGUCUCGCGUCCUCCGAGAACUGCUUCCGUUGCUGAAACACAACCAGACUCUACUAGACAAUCAAAUGAUCAUUGCGAGGUUACCUCAACAGUUGGUCCCUUCUUACCGGCAGUGGAAACUCCGUCUUCUUCAACAUGGAAUCCUAAAGACCACUUCUGGUCCGUGCCCAAGUAUUUUCCGGACUACGAGACAGACGCCUUUUGCACUCCUCAAACCAGAUAAAGGUGCUCCCGUGCUCGUCAAAGUUGUUGAUACCAAGCUACCUGGUGGAAAACAGAUGUUAGUGCCGGCGACUGCUGCUGACUUGAGAGACGGCGGCAAGAUUAUUGUGAAGAGUGAAGACACUUGCAGUACUCAGGAGGUGGAGGUGGAGGUGCAGGUGGGGGAUGAGGGGGGCGCGGGGGGCGCGGGGGGCGCGGUGCAGAUCCGUGUGCCGGUGGUGGCGACGGUGGUGCCGCGCCUGCAGCCCGGGGGUCGCCUGCAGCUAUGUGUCGAGGAGCCGCACCACGCCUAUCACACCGCGCUCUCCACACACGCUGGUGAAAUCAACGUUGGUCCGUGCAGUAAUCACAGAACAACUCGACCUGAGAGUCCUAAAGUCCAGCGCGCUCACGACACUUCUGACAGAUUUGACGAUCCGAUGAUUCGAUCAGGUCGCUGCAUCUCGUCGUGCGCUCUGCCGCCGCCCGCACCAUCUCCACCACUCGAUCUUAUCUCCAUGGACCUCUUCGAGCCCAUCGAAUGCUUGCCAAUGGGACCACAGAUCACUGCCGUGGAUAACGUGCACCAGCCGCCUGGUUCCGAUGACUUCGACAUAUUCAUAGGCAGCUUUGAGGAAAGCAUCCCGCUCUUUGAUUCCGAUUGAAGCAAACAUGCUGCUUUACCAUUUAAUUGAGGAGUAUAUGGCACAGUGUAAUCCAGCAUUAUACCCCUAUCCUUGACACCACUU